AUGUACUCCUUUACGCCCAGGAUGAGCACAGGGAAAAACGAAAACUUGGGAGCUCGAGUGCGUCCUCCCGUCUUGGCGGUCCCUGUUCGUGAGGUUUCUCCUUCCCGUUACUCUUCAGGAAAUGCAGGGGACGGCGGUGAGCUGAAACGGGAGUCCGGAAGGACUGUGAGCUCAGCCGCUCGAGUCCAACGGCAUUUACCGUCGGGGACAGAAACGCCAACGUCCCCUGCUUUCAUGAAGCUGCUGUCACAGCGUUCGCCCAAGACUCCCCAAUCUCUGCGCUCUCGGAGCCCUAGCGUGAUGUCCCAGCUCUCCGGCAGACGCAGAGUCAGCAGUCCAACCAUAGCUGCUUGUGCUUGGCUAAGAUCUUCUUCCGAUACCGCGUCACAGUCGCAGGCUUCGCUUGCCCACGCCAACGGUGACAGUGAGAGGUGUUUCCAGAGCCGAGAGCAAAACGGGACGUCUUCCCAAGAGUAUGCCAUUCUCACUCGCUCUCGUGAAACGUGUAUCAGGCGAAAGUCUCGUGAGGAUCACGACGAGUUGGAAGAGAAAAGAGGACAGUCCAGCAGCUGGCAACGCCACAGGAGCCACAAGCCCAGCCAUAAGAGCUCGAAAAGAAAAGAAGGGGCUAUGCUAGUCCCGAGGGAAAAGAGUACAAGUGAAGUUCCCAGCAGUGGCUUUAGGCCUCCCCCGCGACAACUGAUAUCACCUCGCCGGCUUCCACCGCCAACUUUUGAGAAAAUCUUGCUAGGUUUGGUGGAUGCGGACUUCGCAUCCACUACUGGCGAUGCGGAUGUGUUCGGGGCUGAGCGCGCGAAGGAGACCUUUACUGAGAGACAGCAAGAGGACGAUUGCACAUCUGUAUCUGUAUCUGCUGACCCUCCCGAAAUUGUCAUAGACCCAGCGCCAAUCUCAUCCUCCUCUACUCCUUGCUCUACAUUUCGACAGCCGCUAGAGAAGAAAGUAGAAAGUCAGAAGGACGGACUUAUUCCUGAGCAUUUUCUUUACAUUCCUCCUUUGCGUCUUUGUGCGUCCUCUGCGGAAGGGGGCAGGCCGGUGCCAGCCCUUAGGAAAUCCUCAGAAGACGAAAGCCAGGUUUCCGUUAGGGAAGAUCGCCGACACAUAGCGACGCUGUUUUCAUUGGAAGCAGCAGAGUCAAUAGCUCAGAAAACACGGCUUCAGGAGCAGCUGAAGGCAACAAGCCCUUUCCGCUUGGCAGAACUGGGGUGUAGUUCAUCUUCGUCUCAAAGCGAAGGGAUAGAGAUAAGUGCUCCACCUGGAAAGUCGAAGCGCCGCCAGAGGUCCACUCUGUUGGAAAACAUUGUGCGUGAGCAUGACUGGGAAGACCAAGAACAAUUACUGGAGGACAACAUCCACAUUUAUGCAGACCAACAGGGGGCGGGAGAGGACGCAAGCGAGUCCGAGUCACCGCCGCCCCUAAUAGAAGACAACAAGGAAUGGGAAGCCUUUGCCAGUGAUGGAGACCUGAAGGGUGAAGCAACUGUUGUAGUACCUGCAGGCACAGGUAGCCCUCAUACCAUUGACAAGGAAAGUCCUAAAAGCCUCGAAGCCGAGAGACCAGGCCUUAAUUCAAGCAAAAGAUCUGGGGAACAUGGGACUGAAGAUAUUCCAGGAUCUUUUGAUGCUGUCUGGGGACGCUCGGAUCGUUCUGCUCAGAGUCAAACUGGUGCUCCAAGCAAGGACAGCCAAUCUGAUGAUGAGAACGAUCACCGCGAGCUAUACAGCGCAGAUAGCGACGACCAGAAAAUAAGACGAAUGGCAGAUUUCUUGGGCAUCUCUCCGCUCCAUUCAAUCGACAGAGAUGGAAUGAAUGAAGGUACUAGCCGGAUAGCUUUUGCCGAAGACGCUUCAAUAUCUUCGUCAAGUGAAAGAGGAAAUGCGCAAGAUGAUUUAUCCCCUGCACUAUCCCCAGAACGCCUAGAAGUAGAUGGAAUCUAUGAAGGGGUCACGAUGCUCCGACUGGGAGAUCCGACGGAGUGGGAAGUGCGUUUCUCAACCGAUGACUGCUGCUCAAACAGCCCCUGCGAGUCCCCUUUUAACAACAAGGAGCCAGCAUUAUUGUCAACACCAGAAGCUGAUGGUGAGCUGUAUAAAGAAUAUGCAGGGAAUGAGCCUGCGGAACUCAAAGAAGUAGAACAAGCGGAAGAACGCAAGCAUUACACGCAGGGUGUUGAGCCGUCAGGCCAGUUGCCUGAAGUGCCGCCAAGCCUCGCAGGUCCCUUAUCCCAAGAGAGGAAUACCCCGUCGGACCAGUCAAGGAUGAAUAGCUAUAGCAGCGCUCAGUUGGUAUACAUAAACACAAGUGACAAAUCCAGACCGCCUGCAGAAUCCGGCGCUGUAGCUGUGCGCGUCACUAGUGAGCUUCAUCAUGGUGCUGCCCUGGCCGUAGACACUCGUCUCAAUUCCCUUCAGUCAGUCAAAAGCGACGACUUGCAGACAAGUUUGCCCGUAACGCGACGGUGUCUGUCACUGGCACUGCAAGGCCAGAAAGUGAACUUCCAAAAGCAGCAGGGAAUCCUAGAGAAGGACAUCACCGUGACGCCUGCUGAGUCUGCAACUGGGAGCGAUUCGACCGCUGGAGAAUGGGCCGACCGAACAGCAAACCCGGGCCACGGCAGCGCAAGUAGCAACUUCCUUGGCGAAAGUGAAUACGUUGUUUUUGAGGAGUCUCAGGACGAGAAACUACCUCCGAAGGUGCAACGGCUCCGUGUGACCACACGAGCAGAACCUCAUCUCGUUGUUUCAGCUAAAGAAGUGCCAGGGGCUAGGCUAAGGCGGCCGUCACAAUGUGACAAACUUCACACUACCGAAGACUCUGUUGAAGCAGAUGCCUGGCAGGAGUCAAGCACGAUGCCGGCCCAUGAGACUGCGGCCGAUGAGGUCGACGGUCUGCAGACAAGUCGUCAAACCAGCGGCUCCCUCUGUGAAGUUGAUUUGUCUGAACCCUCCAAAGCAUGCAGUAGUUCAGUCUCUUCCUUGCAAAACCCAGAUCCGAUGCCAAAUCGUUCCGUGGAAUCUAUAGAAGCUGUCAACCGCGCUAUUGUUGGAUACGCCUUCGGCCGCAGGCUACAUGUUCUCAUAGUUGCUUGCUUGCUUUUGGCGGUUUUGGCUCUGGUGGUGGUGAUAUACCUGUUCGAUGGAGAGAGAGGUCCCCGUUUCUUCGUCGGCUUUGCCGUAGCUCUUUCAUUCAUUCUUUCUCUAUGUGUUGGAGCCAUCCAACUGACGGCGUCUCUCUUAAAAUGGAGAGCCCUAAAGUAUUCCGUAGAUCUAGACCUCCGCCAGUGCAUCUUCUCUGCGCUACAACGAUUACGGCCUGAAUCAGACGCUCGAGACCCAUCAGUUGAAGGUUUGGAGGAGCGUGGAAGGCUCCUGCGGCUUGUGUGCAGUUCGUUUGUUGACCUGGUCACACAAGGCUCUCCUUCUCUGGGCAUGAGCAGCAGUCUGGAAAAGCGCUUUAUUUUGGCAAACUCACUUGCUGGCCUUGUUGCUGCGGGAUUUAUCGCUGGCCUUUCUGCGGAGGACAUUCGGUUGCUCCCCAUGGAUAAGGGUCAUUCUUUGCAUUUUUUUUCGUCUUUGAAGCGUCUUUCGCACAGACAAGAUCUGUGCCUGACAGCCAUGAGCACUCGUGGGCUUCCAGCAUUUCUGAGAAGCGACCUCAUGACUGCAAAAAUCGUGUGGCAAUUCCCCAAUGGCGUCUCCCUUCAACGGUUUAAAGGCUUCCGGACGGGUCAGCGAGCAUUGCUGGCGCUGACAACUACACCGAAAGCAGUAAAUCACUCACGAGUGACGUCCCCCAGAACUGUUUACCUAAACUUGAUUUGGUGCGGCUGUCGCGCUGUUCCUGAGGAGAUCUGCAUUCCCAUCAGCUUUGACCACGCAUGCUACGAAUCUGUCGAUGCCUGGAGUGUGCUAACCAAGUUAGAAUCCAACUUGUGGGAGCAACAAAGUGCACCAGGUUUCGUUUCGGACCAACAAAGACCACAAGAUGUCCUAUGUACAAUUCUCACAAUGCUCCAGGAGGACUUGACGGGCUCAUUUCUUAAGAGCCAGAUGCGCCGCUAUCUCAGCGAGCCAGAAACGCCAUCAUCCGCAUCUCGUGAAUACCCUCUUGUUCUUAAAAUUCCUUUGAGCGUAUUGAGCGCUGAGAGAUGGUGGCAUUGCGGCCCUAGUCGUCUGAGAAAUGCGGGCUCGGCUAUUUCUUGCUGUCCUCUGGUGUGUGGAGGUGGAAAGAGUUUCAAAGGGUCCGAUAUGGAGAAAGCACUCGCGCCUAAUGCGAAGCAAGAGGAAGAAUGCGCUUUGCCAGAGCCGAAAUCCAUGGAAAGCAAAGCAUCAGUGAUACUGGGGCCCUGGAAGGUGCAAAGUCAAUCUCUUCGCUCCCAGUCGCCGCUGCGAGCCGUGCAACUGCAAAAAGUUACAACCCAAUGCCUAGAAAUGUUUGGCGAGGAAAGUGAUUCUCACUGUGCGGCCAAGUCAUCCGUCCGUAGCAGCGAUGCUGGAGCACCUUUAGAGUGCGCAUCUCUCUGGCUGUUGUUUACAUCCGAAGAUCAGCGCGAGGCGUUCAUGCUAUGUGUACAGAAGGCUCUUUCAACCUGCCAAACUGAGGGUUAA